GCCCCCGCCCCUCCCCCCUCGGCGGGAGCACCUCCGCUCGCCACCUGGGGACCCGCGCCGCGCUCCCCGCCCCCGCCCGCCCGGCGCCCAUCCCCCGCGCCCUCCGCUCGCCGGGGUUAUAAUUGCCUCUCACCCCCCGGAGGGGUUAUUUUGGGGGUGGUUGGAGGCGGCGGCGGCGGCGGCGAGGAGGGGAAUUUCCUUGUGCCUCCAUUCCUGGGAGGGGGGAGCGGCGUCGGAGGCCACCGUUUCCAGCAUCAGCAACAGCAACUUGUGAUUGGCGGUACCGGAUAUUCAGUGGUACAUCCCCACAUCAAUGCACUGCCAAUGGGUUAUAUCCUGUGUUGUGACCUCAUGGUUUAAGUGGGAAUAAAGAUGAGUAUAAGCAGUGAUGAGGUCAACUUCUUGGUAUAUAGAUACUUGCAAGAGUCAGGAUUUUCUCAUUCAGCGUUUACCUUUGGUAUAGAAAGCCAUAUCAGUCAGUCAAACAUAAAUGGUGCCCUUGUCCCACCUGCUGCAUUGAUUUCCAUCAUCCAGAAAGGUCUCCAGUAUGUAGAGGCAGAAGUUAGUAUUAAUGAGGAUGGUACCUUGUUUGAUGGUCGACCAAUAGAAUCUCUGUCACUGAUAGAUGCCGUAAUGCCUGAUGUAGUACAAACAAGACAACAAGCUUACAGAGAUAAGCUUGCCCAGCAACAAGCAGCAGCUGCCGCAGCUGCCGCAGCUGCCACAAACCAACAAGGAUCUGCAAAAAAUGGAGAAAACACAGCAAAUGGGGAGGAGAAUGGAGCACAUACUAUAGCAAAUAAUCAUACUGAUAUGAUGGAAGUGGAUGGGGAUGUGGAAAUCCCUCCUAAUAAGGCAGUCGUGUUACGGGGCCACGAAUCUGAAGUUUUCAUCUGUGCCUGGAAUCCUGUUAGUGAUCUCUUGGCAUCAGGGUCUGGAGACUCCACAGCAAGAAUAUGGAAUCUUAGUGAAAAUAGCACUAGUGGCUCCACACAGUUAGUGCUUAGACAUUGUAUACGAGAAGGAGGACAAGAUGUCCCAAGCAACAAGGACGUGACAUCUCUAGAUUGGAAUAGUGAAGGUACACUUCUAGCAACUGGUUCAUACGAUGGGUUUGCCAGAAUAUGGACUAAAGAUGGUAACCUUGCAAGCACCUUGGGGCAGCAUAAAGGCCCUAUAUUUGCAUUAAAAUGGAAUAAGAAAGGAAAUUUCAUCCUAAGUGCUGGAGUAGACAAGACUACAAUUAUUUGGGACGCACAUACUGGUGAAGCCAAGCAACAGUUUCCUUUUCAUUCAGCACCAGCAUUGGAUGUUGAUUGGCAGAGCAACAAUACCUUUGCUUCCUGUAGUACAGAUAUGUGCAUUCAUGUCUGUAAAUUAGGACAAGACAGACCUAUUAAAACAUUCCAGGGACACACGAAUGAAGUAAAUGCUAUCAAAUGGGACCCAACUGGCAAUCUCCUGGCCUCCUGUUCUGAUGACAUGACUUUGAAGAUAUGGAGUAUGAAACAAGACAAUUGUGUCCAUGAUUUACAAGCACAUAAUAAAGAAAUUUAUACUAUCAAGUGGAGUCCAACAGGGCCAGGGACAAAUAAUCCAAAUGCCAACCUUAUGUUAGCAAGUGCAUCCUUUGAUUCUACUGUUAGAUUAUGGGAUGUAGACCGAGGAAUUUGCAUCCAUACUUUGACAAAACACCAAGAGCCUGUGUACAGUGUAGCUUUCAGUCCUGAUGGCAGGUAUCUGGCAAGUGGUUCUUUUGACAAAUGUGUGCACAUCUGGAACACACAGACAGGUGCUCUAGUUCACAGUUAUAGGGGAACAGGUGGAAUUUUUGAAGUUUGCUGGAAUGCAGCAGGAGACAAAGUUGGAGCCAGUGCAUCAGAUGGUUCAGUUUGUGUAUUAGACCUUCGGAAAUAGCGCUACUAGUUGGAAGCCAUGGACCGACUAUGAAUGUGUACAUAGCCAAAAUGACUGUCCCUGACCCACGUACUGCUAUAGUCCCACCUGAACCAUGGCCAGUCCACUACAGCCAAAUCUAAAAGAAAUAUAUACAUACAGUGUAUAUAAACAAAAUUGCACCCUGAAGAUGACAGAAUUUUAUCACAGCUUGUGAAUUCUGUUCACCAAGUGCUGGAAUCUAAUCUGCUGUGCCCCUAAAAUAGCAUUUAGAAGUUUUGGAUAUGAAAAACAGAAGAGAGAAAGAAAUAUGCAUUAUAAAAGCAGCCCGUACAUGUACCAGUUUUUGGAUACUAAUGACAGCCUUGUUUCUCCCCUUUGAAUCAGCAGACACCAUGGAUUAUAUUCUUUUUUUCCCUUCAGUAGUUGAGCAGUUUGUAUGUACAGAGAAAAUGGACUUAACAAAAACUUGCAGCAGUAGUUUGUUCUUGCUUUUAAACUUUGUUUUUGGUUUAGUUUAUGGAUGCAUGAAGUAAGGGAGUGAAUCAGUUUCUUGUUUAUAUUUUUUUCACCUUUAAACAAAAAAAUUCUUAAAAAUAUUUUAAUGCAUUCUUUUGAAAAGAUAAAUGUUUGGUACAUUUUAUGGCUCCCAGAGCAUAUAUUCAAUUGGUGCAUGUUGUGGAAGGGGAAAUUGGAAAUUAAAUGAAAAUAUUUGACUUUGGUCGCGUCAAUCUGUAAGACACAUCAGUAAAAGGGUAUUAUGCUCUGUUUUUUUUUUGUUUGUUUGUUUCAUUUUUUGUUUGUUUUUUGGUGAUGUGGCUUAAAUGCAGUAGUUUCUUUUUUGGGACAUAUUUCUGCCAAUUAAAGACUAGAAGGGCACAAAAUUUUUUUUUUUAAUACCAUAGAGAAGAUACAUUAAAAAAAAUCUUCUGAUGUUUUGUAGCCAUAACUAAAUUAUGGUUAAAAUGUGCACUAUUGUUAAAAGGAGCAAAGUAGAUUUGGGUUUUUUUUGUUGUUUAUUUGUUUUGCUUUGUUUUUUAAGAGAUUAAACUGUUUCUGGAUAAGGAUUAGCUUCUCAAAGUGUCCAUCAUUCUGUGUAGAAGCUUAAGUAUGUAAUGUAACCAAACUCCAGUAUUAAAAAUCUCUCAUGUUAUUUUUCUUUAUACAAAGCAAGAUAACGGCAUAUAACACUGCCAUUACAUGGCAAAAUGUUAGCUACCUUAGUGUAAAAACAAUCUUUAAAACAGAAGACUUGCUUCAAGGUGUUUUUAAAUAGCAGUGAUUCCCAUUUAUGUUUUUUUUAAAGUAUAAUUGCACUAACCUCCCUGCUGCUCUGAUUCUGUAUUUGUGGUACUUGUGACUACACUUUUUUCAAAUAUUGAUAGAUAUAAGCUGCUAUAUUUUUUUCCCAAAUAAUCACUACUAUAUCAUGUCUUUUUCUCUUCGUAAUAUCAAGUAUUUUCUUAAGGAUAUACCCGGUUUCCCUGAAAAUAAGAUCUAGCCGGACCAUCAGCUCUAUGUCUUUUGGAGCAAAAAUUAAUGUAAGACCCAGUCUUAUUUUACUAUAAGACUGGAUCUUAUCUAACAUAAUAUAAUAUAAGACCCAGUCUUAUAUUAAUUUUUGCUCCAAAAGACGCAUUAGAGCUGAUGGUCCGGCUAGGUCUUAUUUUCAGGGAAACACGGUAGGUAUCAGAUCAAAUCGCCUCUUGUGCUCAUGCAACUGAAAGCUAAAACUUACAGAAUUUACAAAUGGUAUCCUGGGGCUGUGUUUAUAUGUGUGAUUUAACAGGGUUUGUCAUGAUUAAGGUAAGAAUCCAGAAGUGUCAAUUUUGAAGAAAAUAGUUGUCAAAUUUAUAUUUCCAAGAUUUCAAUUAAGGAAUCACUUGUUAUCCAACAGCAAAUUUAUAACACUAUUUCUGUCACUAAUUAUUUUGAGGCUUUUACUACUAAAAUUUUAACCUGUGUUUUAAGUAGAAACUGAUUUAACCCAAAUAAUGCAGCUUUCGUUUUCAGCAUUUGUUGUUUUGCUAUUUUUAAACAACAGCAUUGAUUGAAGCAAGUCUUGGUUUUACUAAGGUAGGAUAGCAUUUGCUAUUGGUAAAGAAAAUAAAUACACUUAAUUCCAUAAUACAUUGUUAUAUGUACCCCAGUUGUUGUUAGUGGGGACUGUGAUACUGUAAUAAUAUUUUUAAAAUUUACAUCCAGAGAGGCAGUCAUUCAUGAUGGUUUUGUGCCAGCUGUUUUUAGGGUUUUGGAUCAUAUUAUAGAUAUUUAGAACUAUUACCCUGUGACUUAUGUAGGAAACCUAAUAUGCUGAGUAUCUGGCACUUGAAAUCCUGCUUUUAUUGCUGGAGGUCCACAUCUGUGGUUGACCUCUGUUAUUGUUUUAAAAAAAUAAAUAAAAAUAAAAAAAUCUGUGCAAUAAUUUUUAAAUGUGCUCCCAGGAAUAGACACAAAUGUUUUGAGUAUGUUUAAGCUGCAUUUUCCUUUAGCGAUGCAUUUGUCAAUUGCACUGAAUUUAAAUCUGAAAGUCAGAGGUGAUUAUUGAUAGUACUUUUGUAUUUUGAUAUGGACAGUUUAUUCAUUUGCAUACAGUUAUUGACUUUUUUCCAGCUGAUUAAAAGAUAGUCAAUAAGUUCCGCAAUAUAGCUGCCAAAAUAGACAGCUACGUUUUUAUGGUAGUGUCAUCUUUUCUGUUUUUUUUUUUUGUUGUUGUUGUUGUUGUUUUUAAAUCUUUUAGUAGCUAUUUUACUUAAGCAUAGCCACAAUAGGACAUAUAAAAGAUUAUAAAUACAGAGCUUUAUUAUCCUGAUGUCUUGGGUCUUUUAAGUAUAAACUUUAUCUGGAAGGUAUCCAUUUUGUAGGCUUGGGUUCUUCGUGAGCAUACAAUUGUUUAUUUUUGCUGCUGUUCUCAACAUCAUCAUUGCCUGCUGAUGUGCCACGAUGCUGCUCCAGUAGACAAAAAUCAGAUUGCCUCUAAUUUAAGCAGUAACAUGACUGUAAGAGACCAAGUUUCACAGCCUGUAAAGAUUUAUAUUUGAGGUUCUUGCUCAUUUUUCCUUCUGUUUUUUUUUUCUAAGAACUUAUUCCUGAAGAUCAACUGAUUCCAGCAGACUUUCUGUGGUAUUCAUUGUAUAUCAUUGUUGUAUAGGCUACUGUAAGAAUCUUAUCAUAAGGAAAAAUAGGAAGGAAAACUUGAAUGACUAGAAUACUCAUUGAUUAAAAUAGACUAAAGAGCAGCUGUCACUCUUAAACAUCAUAAAGGAAUAUCUUUUCUUCUCCAUGUAGGAAAUCCCAUAAGUUCUUAUAUUUGUUCCAGCCCCUAUUCCCUAUCGUUGAUCAGGUACCAUCAUUAACUUUCAAAUGACUUUUAGAAGUGGUAACUUUUAAUUUCCUAAUAGAUCUUAGAGUGUACUGAAUUCUGUUUUAAUUAAUUAUUCUCUAGGUAAGUAUGUUUUAGGAUUAAACACCUUUUACAGAUAACUGAAAGUGCCUCCUUUUGUGGUGUAAAAAACAAAUUAUGGUGCAAAAAGUAAUCAUUAGGUUGAAUUACAUGAAGGUUUUUUGCUUUUUGACAUACAAAAAUGUCAAGAGAAAGGCCAAAGAUUUGUACAUUUUCACUUAUAAAGCACUCCUUUUUUCCUUAAACUUCUUUCUGUCAAAUUAGAUUUAAUGAUAGAGUACUAUUUUUAAGGAGCUGUUUAUGUAGAAUGAUUUUGUUAAGAGUAAUGUAAACUAUUAUUGAGUAGAGGCCUGAAGAGGAAUAUGCAUUUUUGCUAUUUAAAGGAAUCACAAAUGACCAUCCUUAUGUAAGCAAAAAUGUUAAGUUUUGUUAGAGGAGCAGAAAAAUAAAUUUCAAAUACAGUGCUAUUUACUCAAAACAGUUUUCAUUUUCUUAAGCACAUUGUACAUUUCUAUAGUACCUGCGCUUAUUCUCACAUGCUAAGGACGGUACUUGCAUUUGAUGAAUUACUGUUGACAGUCUCCACAGAAAUCCUAUUUCAGUGGACCAACAUUGUGGCAUGGCAGCAAAUGCCAGCAUUUUGGGGGAAUAGCAGCAAAUCUACAAGAGACCCUGGUUGGUUUGUGGGUUUUUUUGUUUUUUUUUCCCUUUUGAAUCAGCAGGGAUGCAAGGAGGGUAGGGAAGUUAUGAAUUACUCCUUCUGGUAGUAGCUCUGAAGUGUCACAUUCAAUAUCAGUUAGUUGUUUGUUUGUUUUUAACAUGAUUCUAGUUAAUGUAGAAGAGAGAGAGGUAAAAAGAGGAAGUGUUCACUUUUUUAAUACACUGAUUUAGAAAUUUGAUGUCAUAUCAGUAGUUCUGAAGUAUUAAUAGCAUUCUUUAUCUCUGCCUUUACGUUGACAGUCUUGAAGCAGGGUGAAUAAGGCUUUUUUUUUUUUUUUUUCCCUCUAGUAAGCUGUUUCAUGAUGUUUUCUUUGGAGUUUCUGGAUAAGUUAAAGAAAACAUUCUGCAUGUUGUAUCUAGUCUAAUGUACUUAUCCAUCUCAUUAAAAACAAAAACAGACUGCGUUUUGUAGCUCUGUAAUCCCCAAAUACAGAAGUAAUUUUCUUCUUUCCUGACUUUGACAUUUAUCUAUAAUGUUCUAAUUUUGAUUUUUACAAAUCCUUUGGGUCUAAUUCUGUGAGCCUACCUAUAGCACUGGAUUAAAAUGUCUGCAUCAUUUCUUUAGUUAUCCAGUUAACUUUAAAACUGUUGUAAAAGUGUAAACCAGCCCAUGACAGUUUUUUGUACAUGUUAAAGAACUUUAUUGUUCAGUUUUCAUGGUUAUUGUGUAAGGAAGACUGAUUAUAGAUGUUCUGUGCUGUCCUGGACCAUGUUAAUUACACUUAUGAUGUCUUUUGGUUCCACAUCACAAUGAUUUGUCCCCAAUGACCCUUUUAUCCUUUCUAGGCACAUUUUUUUUUGUUGUUGUUGUUGUUGCAGUUUCCCUUUGCAUUGUAUUGCUUUGACAACUGUAAUUUGAAUCAGAUCUGAAAGAGGUCCAGAAUAAAAUAUAUUUUGAUAUUA